CGUGUUAUCCAUUUCCCAGUUAGAAGAGUGAAGGAUUGCCAAUCGUUCACCCACCCCGAGACUCGCCUUACUGAGAACACGGCAGUCCGAUCGUCAGCUCGUUCGGCGCUAAUUAACUUCUCGGUAAUUAUCGGAAGUGCACGGAGAUUGCUGAUUUCCCCAACGCUAUCGGCUCUUUUAUUUUGCUUCUCAUUCGGAAUUUUAGCGGUGUUCGUGGAUUGUUUGACUGCGAUGAUGUCAAUGAGGUCCUGCAGCUCCUGAAUGGUAUCCUUGUAGUUUCUGAUAAUAUAACGUACAGCAAGCAUCCGACCUUUUUCACAUUUCGUCUGCUGAGUUUUGCAAGGACAAUGCAGCUUAGUUCACCAAACGGCAUUGACAUUCCCGUUAAUCAAGACACUCAGACACAUAACGGAUCGGAGUACCAAAGACUGUCUCCAGUGAUACUUGGUUCAAGAAUGGCCAUGUCUUCAAGGCAUCCAAACAGUUCGAGGUCUCCAUCUAAAAGCCCAGAUGUGGUUGCCACAAAGACUAUAUCAAAAUCGUCCAAAACAUUUUCUUUUUCUGUUGACUCUUUAUUAUCCAACGACAAUGGACGAAGGUCCUCGUGUAGUCCGGAACAAAGGACUGAAACCAAAGCUUUAAAUGGUUCCUCUAGUCGCCAAGUCGUUUCUGAUAUAUUAAGUAGGCGGUUCAGCAUGGAAAGAAUCCUCGAUCAUGGCCUGAAAACGUCCGGACUGGCGCCCGGAUAUCUGCCGCCUACUUCGGCGGCAAAAACUGCCGGACUGGGUCAUCCGGAAACGAACAUGGGAUCCCCCACCGCACCGUGGAAUCAUCCGCUCAGCGUUGCUCUUCCUUGGUUCCAAGUGACAAGGUCACUGUCUCCGGUUCAUAAACCCGGCGAACUACCAAAGUUACCUCCCAUGAAAUGCCAACUACGGAAACACAAGAGUAAUCGUAAGCCUAGAACACCCUUCACUACUCAGCAGCUACUGGCUCUGGAGCGAAAGUUUCGUUCCAAACAGUACCUUUCCAUUGCCGAAAGAGCCGAAUUUUCUUCUUCUCUCAACCUCACCGAAACUCAAGUGAAGAUUUGGUUCCAGAAUCGCAGAGCGAAAGAGAAACGCCUCAAAGAAGCAGAAAUAGAGAAAUUAAGGAUGGCAACGAGGCCCCUCAUUCCGUCAUUUGGUUUUGGCGCGCCCGGAUUUUUGACUGGAAUUCCCCCACCGGCGCACUUGGGGACAAAUGGGAUUCAAGUGUCCAGACCUUUUCUCGGCCCACUUAUGUCACCGUAUCCUUUCUAUACAUCUUCGCCUUCUGGUAAUGUGUCCUCACCCAUUGCAACCGCGUGUCAUCAGUGAUAUCCUGCCAAAGAUUUAGAAGCAGUCCAACGAAGUAUAAAGACUGAAGAGAUAUGAAUGUAUAUAGAAAGAACUUGAAGUGUCUAAUGAUGACACAUCUGGAAUGGUGCAGGAAAUGCAUAGCGUACCAGUUGCUGGAGCUUAAACGUAAUGCCACUGAUUUCUUUUCUUUUGUGUAAAUAUGUAAAAUAAUGAAGAGUAGAUCAAGUAAUAACAUUUAUUCAUUGGAGAAUAUCAGCAUAACUGAAACACUAACGUUUCCUAAUUGAAUUUUAUUAGAAAGUUUCAACUAUUUCAGCUUUGCCAGCAUCGUAAGAUACAAAUAUCUGAUGUGGACACAACAUGACUUCCUUGUACGGCCUGUUAAAUUAUACACAUUUUUUUGCUGCAUUUCAUUUAAAUUCAUUUCCUCGGAUUUCAUU